GCCAUUUUAUUUAUAUGUGGUGGGGGGUAACAGAGUGUGCAACAUUGCCUGUAGGAUUCAUAAUUAUCGAAAAAUUGAUCAAAAGAACUGCUUUGUUUUUUGCGAUGUAGUUAUAAUUUAUAAUGUAAAUUGUGAUUGCUUGUAAGAUAAAUCAUAUACCAAAAUUGGUAUAGAGUUAUUAAUGCAAGUGUUGGACCUUCGUGUUGGUGGUAAUAACUCCAAGUUUUGCUCCAAUUGUAACUCGAAUAAAAUGGAUUACCGUCAAAAAAUGAUUAUACCUUCACAGCAAAAUACAAAAAAUGAUGACGAAGAUGAUGAAGAUUUGGAGGCACUUAGAUUAGCAGCUCUCCAAUCAUUAAGAACUAAAGAUCCUGUACAUAAUAAGAAACAGUCUCUACCACAAGUACAGAAGAUAGAUGUUACACAAACGUUUCAUCCUUUGUAUAAAGGCCAGCGACCUUUAAGAAGAGGAUAUUAUCAUAACCGAAUACAACAGCGACAAAAUGGAAAUUUAUAUUAUCAGAGUCCACGUAAUCCAAAUUUGAUAGCAAUAGUUCCUAUGGAUGACCGUACAGUACUUCAACAAGCUGAUUUAACUUGUUCAGUAGAAAAGACUGAUACAAGUAUGGAAUCUUACCCCACAGAAGUAUCAAAAUUUCAUCGUUUCAAAGACCAUGGAAGUGGUUCGGACGAGGAAGAUAACAAAGAGCAGAAAAAUACAAUCAAGAAAGAAGAAAUGAUUGAGAAAGACGGUAUUAAAACUGAACCCUCAUCUGAGGUGGCGGAAAAUCAAGAAGAAAUUGCAGAAAAUUUAAUAAAAACCGAAGAAGAUAAACCGGUCGUUAAUGACGACGACGAUGAUAUUCUUUUGAUGGCUGAUCUCGAAGAGGAAGACAGUUUAGAACGUUUGAUGGAUGAAAUGGAAAGAGAGAUGAACGUUGACAAGCCGUCCGAGAAAAAAGAGAAAAGAAGUAGUAAGAGAGAAAGUAAAGAAUCGAUAAAAAAGGAUGAUGCAGGAAAAAAUACGAGUCAGAAGAACAGAACAGAAGACGGCAAUAAUCGGAAGGAUAGUUAUACCACAGCUUCAACGGUAGCUGUUUUAAAGAGUGAAAGGCGGUCUAUAUCUCCUCACGUAGGUAAUCGAAUUCCACAGAAACGUAGAUCGUUGUCGCCAAGAUCGCGACCAAGGAAAAAAUCACCCAGAAGAUCUCCCAGAAGGUCACCAGCUAGACAGUUAAAAAAGUCCCAGCGGGAAAUAUCGAGGUAUAGAUCGCCUCGAAAAUCACCGGUGCGAUAUUCCCCGCGCUCACGAUCACCCAAAAUGUCCUCACGAUCUAGAUCACCACGAUUAUCUCCGCGUCGAUCUCCGAACAAAUCUCCUAUAAGAAGAUCACCGAUCAAAAAGUUAUCACCGAGAGGAAGAUCUCCACGACUUUCGCCGCAUUCCAGAUCACCAAGACCGAUACGUUCUCCUAAAAUAUCGUCAGCUAAAUCCCCUAGAUUGACACGAUCGCGAUCACCAAAAUUUUCACCGCUUAGGCUAUCUCCUCAGUCCAGAUCACCGAUAAGAACAAGAUCGCCCAAAAUGUCUCCAAAACGGACGUCGCCUCUUCGCAGGUUGUCACCAAAAUCAAGAUCACCCGGAUUAUCUCCCAGAAGAGGAACGUUACAAUUACCCUCGCCGAAAAUAUCGCCGCGAAGAAUUUCUCCGCGGGCAAGAUCGCCGCGAUUGUCGCCGCGUAGAUCACCGUGGUCGUCACCAAGAAAUUCGCCUCGUCUUUCGCCUAGACGGAAAAGGUCUCCGAGAUGGUCGCCCAAAGAAUCGUGUAGAAAGCAUGGACCAAGGUCGGUUACUCCGGACGGUACUGGUACUCCAUCGUACGCGAAGGAAUCCUCGCCGGCGCCCAAAGGUAGAAUAUCUCCGGAAGCAAAUCGUGUUAAGUCGAAACAAAAGGAAGAGAAUUUUGAGAAAGUUUCUACGACGGAAAAGGAAUCUACCGAUGUAAUUAAUGAUCCUGUACUAGAAGCUAGGCGAAGAAAAUUUGAAUGUACAAGGCCUAUAGAUCCUAUAAAUGCGAAUAAAAAAAUUAAAUUAAGUAAAAAAGAGAAUACUAGUAAAAAGGUGGAAUUUAUAGAGGGGGGAGAUUUACAAGCGGGAAAUGUUAGAAAAGUUACAGAGGAAUAUGAGGUUCCAGACAAUGAUUUGUGUUUAGAAUUUGAAGAAUUUGAUGAGAGUAUGGAAAAUACUUCUCCGGUUGCGAUCACGAGCUCUGUUAAUACGUGCGUAGAGUUGGAAUCACAAAAAACAGAGAAAGAGAAAUCUUCGAAAAAGAAGAAGAAACGCGACAAGGAAUUGUAUCAAGUAGGAAAAUUGAAAAAUGAACUUCCUCUCUCUGAACGAAUUGGGAAGGAUAAAAAGUGUAAAAAGAGAAAAGAUGUUGUUUCUGAUGGUCCUAGCGACGAUGUGGAUGCCAUUUUUGAAGACAUAGCAGUUGACGAAGAAAGUGAUUUACGAACUGAAUUAAGUAGAAGGCGGGCAGAAAGACUAAAUAGAACAGUGCCAAUACAAUCUGCAAGAUUAGUGCAAUCUGCUUUUAAAGGAGUUGUUAAUGAAGUCGUCAAGAAUAAUGCAAAAGCAAAUCAAAGACACUUAGUUAAAGCAGAUGAUAAAACUAAUCAAAAGGAAGUUAGAAGGGUUACUGUUCUUCAUCGGCCAAUAUCUGACUUACAUGAUUCGGAAGAUGAAGGUACUCUGGAUUCAAAGAUGCCUGUGCGCUUUAGAUUGGGUUUGAAUAAACAAGUACACGAUACCAGGGAGUCUAAAGUUUCACGAAAAGCAUCAAAGAGACAGGGUCGCAAGGAAUAGAGUAAACGUGUGUUCUCCUGAUUGCAUAUUUAUACGAAGAGUGCAUAGCUGUUCAUCUUACCUCCUAUUUUAUUGUCAGCAUAGGAAACUAAGAUCCAUUAAAAGUUAAUUGUAUUAAAGAUUGCACUCGUGUAGAAAAAUAGUAUUUGUUUUCAUUUGGAGUGUGACCUAACAUAAAAGAAAAAGAAAAAAGAAAAAAAGAAAACAUUCUUCUAGAAGACAAUAUUGAUAUUUCAAAAUACUUUAUGUAUCAUUGUAUAAGCUAAUUAUUUAUUGUUAAGCGUUAUCGUAGAUAGUAAAUUACAUGUGAUUAUAUUAAAUCAGUUGUUGUGUUGAAGUAUUUGUACAUAAUUUACAUCAGUCGCUCAUUUAAUAAAUAAGAAUCAUUAUUAAUCCCAAAGUCACCUUUUGUAAGCCUAAGCAUAUUCAGUAAUAUGAAAAAAAAAAAAAAUUCUGUAUAAAUGAAUUGAUGAAUUGUAAAUAUUAUAAUGUUAAUAAGGGUGUGAAGAGUGAAGAAAAAUAAGUUGCUGUAUUAUGUAAAUUGAGUUGAUAUUAUUCAAAUAUUGAAUAUAGUAUAUAAAGUGAUCUAUAUUGACAGAAGAGUGAUUUUAUUGACAUAUAUAUAUAUAUACAUAUAUAUUUUUUACUUUAUGUAAUUUGAAAGUAGCAAAUAUGAAUCUUUGAGAUAAUUGAAAGAUGCAGUAUAGUAUAAAGUAGUUUCCCUCCAUCUACUUAUUAUUUUACAUUUCAAUUUAAAACGUAUAAUACAAAUUACAUAUUACUAUAUUUUAGCAAAUGUAAAGAAAAUGUAUCUAUGCACAUAUUUAAAUUUUAUAUGUAUAAUUAAAAUAGUAUUAUUAUUAGUCGUACAACUACUAGAAUUAUAUAGGUAUACAAAAUUAACAUGAAAUUUUAACAUGAAACUGCGAAAACGUUUUAUUCUACUAGGAUUUCUUUCUUUUCUUUUCUUUUAUUAUAAAUAGCUUAAAACAAGAGAAUCUUAUCUUGUAUUUUAUGCUUCUGCCGAAUAUGUAAUUAAUUGUUACUACAUCUGCAUUUACUUCCUAUUAUCAUGAGUAGCAUGUAAAGUACAUAUUGAAAGUAAAUUAUUACCAUGCGUUACCAGUGUGCAGUUCAAGUAACUAUUAUAUUUACAAAUGCAGGAAUAGAUUAUUUCGUACAUUAUAUUUGACGCAUAAUAUAACAUGCUUCAUAGUAUCUAUGAAGAUGUAAUUAUUAUUUUGAAUUGAAUAAAAAAAAAAAAUAACAAAUUUAUAUAAACUCCUUUUGAUACAAAUUUUGAUAUCAAAGAUAUUGAGAGGUCUUAAAGAAAAUUUGAAAUACAAUAUCAUUUUGAUAGAUAUAGAAAAAGCAAUGCUUCAAGUUGUACACGAGUGUUAUGAUUUAUAUUUAGUUUUAUCAUAUCAUAAUGAUACACGAUUAAACAUGCGUCGAAGAAAGCAGCAUAAUAUUUUGCAUCAGUCAAAAUUGUUUCCUUGUAUGCCUUUACACAUGUAUUCAAUUGUCAACUCCAAGAGUUGAGUAACAGACACAUAAUAAUUAUUAUAAAUAUAAAGUAACUUAAAAGACUUGAAACUGUUGAAUUUAUCUAUCGUACAAAAUGUGAUAUAUAACAAGGCUUUAACAGCCUUGUUAAUGAUAAGUACAUCAGUUAUUGUAGAAUAACACAAAUAGUUUUUAAAAUUUAGUUUAUAGACAAUAUAUACAUUGUCUAAAGAUACAUUACGAAAUAUAUCACACAUUUUAUUAAUCAAAAUGUUUUUGAUAUUCUUUUUUUUUCUGUUUACAUCUCCUAGUUGUUUAUUCUCAGCUUUUAUGCAUAAUUUAGGCAUUUUUAAUCUAAUGAAUCAAAUUAUUUUCUCACAAAGGAGUAAUAUAAUUAUUUCAUGAAUAUCACUUUUCAGUGUUAUUCUAUAAUAAGACUGUGAUUAAUCUGUAAUUUUAAUUAUUGCUAUUACGAUGUUUGAUUUAUUUGCCUCAUUUUUGUCAUUGUAGUAAAUACGGAUGGAAUUAUAUAAGAAGUAUAACAAGUGAAAUUGAAAUUGAACAAUAAUAAAACUACAUUUGUAUAUAUAUAGUAAUGUCUAGCCUUCUUUUAUAUGUAUUGUUGCAUUUGUAUUUGAUAUCAAUAGGAAUUUCUUAACGUAAAGAACAUAAACAUUUGAAUUUUUCAAUAAAAUACUAAAAAUCAUCAUCCAUCUGUAAUUUACUACGUAUGUUAUUCUUAUUAUUGCGGAUGACUGUACUAGUUGUAUGAUUGUGUAGUUGUACUUACAUUUUUUUACAAAAUAACACAUAGGAUUUAGAUUGUUCAGAAGUAACAAAAUACAAACACCAAGUAUUAAUAUGAAGCAAGUUCAGUGAUAUUUAAAUCACAGAUUAUUGAAAUAAACUAAGACUCUUAUUUCAGAAAAAUAUAAAAUAAAGUAUUUUUAUCUUAA